AUGUUGAGGGGUAAAGUUGCAAACAGUGUUAAGAAUGUACCAGGAGUGAAGUCGGUGAACAGGCUUGUGCGUUUCCAAUCAGGAAACAAUCUGCUGCUUAAAACCGAGACUUCAAGCACACAGGAGGUUAUUCAUCCUAACCCCAAUAAGUUCAGACGUAGGGCGAUCGCUAAGCUGAACGAGGACAUCGUUGCUGAGAAAACAGGCGAUGCUGAUUUAUACCUGCUUGAAAAAGGGCUCAAAAAGAUCGAUGAACGAACCUCACGAUUCACCAACUAUUUAUUCAAGAUCAAUAGGUUACCACCAAAUUAUGGUGAUAACCAACUAAUAACUGUAGAUAAGUCAUUAGAACGUGAUCUUCAAUCAAUUUUGGGCCAUUUCAAGUCACCGAUAAAAUAUGCAUUCGGCUAUGGUAGUGGAGUCUUUCAACAAGCGGGAUAUUCCAAAUCUUCUGAGAAACCUCAGAUCGAUAUGAUCUUCGGUGUCACCCAUCCAGAACAUUUCCACUCGUUAAAUAUGAGGCAGAAUCCAGGCCAUUAUUCUUCUCUUCGCUACUUUGGUUCGGAGUUUGUGUCGAAAUUUCAAGAAGUCGGUGCCGGAGUCUACUUCAAUCCAUUUAUUAACAUCAACGGCCAUGAUGUAAAAUAUGGGGUCGUGUCCAUGUCUAGACUCUUGAAAGAUUUAGCCACCUGGGACACAUUUUACCUUGCAGGUAGGUUGCAAAAACCAGUCAAAGUGUUGAAAAACGAUCUGCGGGUACAAUACUGGAAUCAAUUAAACUUGAAGGCUGCUGCAACACUUGCGAAACAUAAACUUUCAAAAAAAUUCAACGGCGAUUCAUUCACUGAAUUUGACUUUUACAAGGAAAUUACGGCAUUAAGUUAUCUUGGUGAUAUAAGAUAUAAACUGGGUGGUGAGAAUCCAAAGAAAAUUGACAAUAUCGUGGAGAAAAACCUUGAUAACUUCAAAUUCUACUACAAACCAAUUUAUAAGGAUGUUUUCUUGAACAAUUCGACGUAUCUACCCCAGAACUUCACCUUGGAUAACGCUACUGAUCAGUUAACAGAAAGAAUCAGCCGAGGAUCGACUAUUCAAACUGCAAAAGGCGUUUUAUCUGCUGGAUUGAUGAAAUCAAUAAAAUACGCUUGGGCAAAAAAGUUAAAGGCAAUUAAAUCGCACUGA